AUGUUUCCAACAUCGGGUUUCUUUCAAGAAUUGCUUUGUCCAGCACUAACUAAUGGAAACUGUGAUAGACCAUACUGCCACUUCAAUCACUUUGGAUCUCAGAGUCUUUCUAAAGAAAAUGUUCCGUCAAAUGAGAAAUCAUAUAAACCUUCAACUGAUCCCGUAUACAAACCAACGCCUAUUAGUAUUUUGGACCAAAGUACCGAGAAUUCACAAAGUCAGUCAGUUGUCGAGCAUCCUACCAGUGUUAACUGCUCACGGGCUAUUUAUGAGGAAGUGAUUCCUGUUUACCAACCAACACCAAUAAGUGAAUUAGAAAAAUACGCACCAAAUUCACUGUCUGACUAUGGAUUCACAAAUGGGUUUACAGCUCAAGAUCCACCAACAUAUUCUCCUGUAGUGAAAAUUAAAUCGUUGAAAUCACCUGUUCCUUUUACGUAUCAGCCUUCACCAAUAAUUUCAGAAUCAAUCGCACCUUCAUAUAAUGAUGAAGUUACUGAAAUUAACAUAGAUUCAGAUGAAGAUAAUUCUGUUCAAAUCAUCACGAAGAAUGACUCUGGUGAUGCGUCAACCCAGUCUACCGCUAAUAAUAUCCAGAAUUUACGGGACAGUAAACUGAUUAACCAUGAAUCAUCAUUACAUAAGAAAAGAUUAAAGCGUAAAAUAAAGUCUGCUAAAAAUCGGGAUGAUGGCAGUAAUGACUCACUUUCAAAGCGCCAAAAAAUCUUAUCACUCUAUCAAGACUUGUAUGGUGAUACCGAUAACAACAGCUCUAGUGGCAAAAGCAAUAUGUCUAAGAGUUCUUCAAAGUCUGUUUCACUUAUAUCACCGUAUCUGGGUCCCAUUAUUAAAAAGCCGGAUAUGGCAAGUACAAAUAAGAAAAUUGACAACGUCAAUAUUGCAGGAAAUUCACAGGUUGAUAGUGUUGCAAGACCUCGCGUUCCACUUCGCAAGAGUGACAAAAUUCCUAUGCCAAUUCGAACUCGUUAUCUGGAUCAAUUUAUUGAAGAAUGUCUUUUGAUAUAUGACCACCCUGGUGACGCAUACAAACGUGCUCUUGAAGAUGAACAAGUUUGUCACGAUAAAGCACAAGUCGAAUGGCCCGAAAAAACAUCUGUACAGUUAGGUGAAAAACCAAAGGUUUGUUCCACUCUGGUCACACGUCCAUCAAAUAUCUCAUGUGCUAAUUCACGCCUAUCUGAUUCCUAUGAGUCAAGUAGUAAAAAAGAUGAUGCUGAAGAAAAACUUGAGCGUCUUGUUAGAGGUCCUCUUUUGUAUAGUCAACUGACGACAUAUUUAUUAUCAGAAGAUGAUCUAUCAACCAAUGGUUAUCCCGCAGCUUUAUAUAUACCAGAGAAUAAACGUCAGUUAUAUGGUAAUUGUCAAUCCAAUGAGCGAGUUUGUUGCCGAUGUGGUACACGAUUUCUUGUUGAUGAAUUUGGACAGUCACUAACUAAAGGUGAAUGCAUCUACCACUGGGGUAAGGCUGUAAAACAGAGAAGUUUUGGACGUGGUUUAGAUUUACGUUAUUUGUGCUGUAAUGGUGACAUUGGUCAACCAGGCUGUCAAAUCUGUUCUAAAGGUCAUGUCCAUGAUGCUAACAAAUGGUUGGAUAAUGAGGGCUUUGUUGUCACUCUACCUCCUUUUCCAAAAUCAUCAAAAGUAUAUGAAGGGGAUGAUGCUCAAGAAGAGGCUUGUAACAAUGUUUAUGCUCUUGACUGUGAAAUGGUUUACACAACUGGAGGCUGUGAAUUGGCUAGAAUUACUAUUGUCAAUUCAAAGCUCGAAGCUGUUCUAGACGAAAUUGUGUGCCCUGAUAACCCUAUUGUUGACUGUAAUUCACGUUUUUCCGGUUUAAGACUGGAAGAUGUUGAACAAGCUAGUUAUCAUAUUACUGAUAUUCAAGCGAAAUUGUUACACUUAUUUGAUUCAGAUACAAUUCUAGUCGGUCACAGUUUGGAAAGUGAUUUAACUGCUCUUAAACUGAUACAUAGCAAAGUUGUGGACACGUCUAUAAUGUUUCCCCAUCGUUUAGGAUUACCAAAUAAACGAGCUUUACGCAAUCUGGUCAGUGAAAUCUUGCAACAAAUUAUCCAACAGAAUGAGAGUGGACACAAUAGCAUGGAGGAUGCUGUCGCUUGUAUGCAACUUGUUCAUCAUAAAGUCAAAGAAGAUUUACGUCGUGGAAAGUGGAAUUUUUCUUAG